AUGUCGAAACACUAUAGUACAAAACAUGAUGUGGAGAAGAACAGAACAGAUUCUUCCACUCCACUUGAUCAGAAAAUCUUAUCAGCGCUACGAUUGAUAGUGCAACCUGAACGAAGAGAGGUCCCCGUGGCUCAAAUUAUCCGUCAACCUAGUGCAAGUCCUACUGAGGAAGGAGGCAUAAGGAGGUGCAACUGGAUUACGAACACUAGUGGUAAGUUGUUUGAGCUGCUUGCAAUGUCUUGGAUGCUAAUGGAUUUCUACUGGACAGAAAUCUUAAAAAGGAGGGAAUUCCUGAGAUAUUCUUCUGCUGGUUUUGAUCCCAAGAACGUGUCUAAAAUGGAAGAAAAAGAGAUCCUUGAAAUGGCCUCCAAUGAAGAGCUAACUUUAGCAGAAAGCAGAGUUAGGUGCAUAGUAGACAAUGCAAAAUGCGUAACAAAGGCAAGUUUUUUCUAA